CUUUAGUCUGAGUUCCAAACCCGGGUAUGGCCAUGGCGGGCACUCACACUCCGCAAUCUGCUUGGAUUCUUCGCCUGUUGUUUCUUUGGGCUUCUUCAAUUCUGGUAUUUGCCGAUGAACGGUCCUUAUUUCUUCUUCAAAAUACCACACUGCAGCUCUCGCGUGGCUUGCCUGUGGGAAAUCCUCCUGGUUCUAAGCCCGGUGCUACUGUGGUUGUCGAAAGAGUUCAUAUACGUGGACUGCCAAGGUUUAGAAACCUGGGGAAAUUUUCCCACUCCUUGAAAGUGAAGGUGUUGCCUACAAAUUCAAAUGUUCGCCUCCCAAGCAUUGAGGUUUGUUUCCAUAGGAAUGUGUCUCUUCCAGUGGGGAUGUGCCCACUUGGUCAGUGGGAGAAAGUUGCCAAGGGUUCUUGGGCUCGAUCAAUGUCUCCUUUUGACCGCAAGCUCUUAGACAUAAGGACUGCUGGUUCCACACUGGAAAAUUUUGAGGUUUCCAUUGAAGAAGAAUUUUUUGUGUUUCGUAUUGUAUUAUUAGCAUUAGGCAUUAUUCUGCUGAGCUUGGCAUCCUUUAUAAGCAAAUCAUUAGCAUUUUAUUAUAGCAGCACAAUGGCAAUUGGAAUAAUUCUAGUGAUAUUGAUCAUUCUUUAUCAGGGAAUGAAACUUCUUCCAACUGGUCGCAAGAGUUCCCUUGCUAUAUUUUUGUAUUCAUCUGCUGUUGGUUUUGGGACUUUUCUCCUCCGUUACAUUCCUGGCUUAGUUCGUUCAGUACUUACAGAGCUAGGAAUUGAUGAAGACAUGUAUAAUCCUUUGGCAAUAUUUCUGCUGACUUUUGUUGCAAUAGCUGGAGCCUGGUUGGGGUUUUGGGUGGUCCACAAGCUUGUCCUGACUGAAGAUGGAUCAGUGGACACAAGCACUGCCCAAUUUGUUGCAUGGGCCUUAAGGAUUUUGGCUUCUAUUAUGAUUCUUCAGAGUUCAAUGGAUCCUCUGUUAGGAACAUUGGCAUUAUUAUGUGGAUCACUAGUCUCCUUGUUGAAGAGGAUGCAUAGAUUGAGACUCCUUCGACGAAUGCGUAGGAGUUUGUUUAAAUCACCCAAGAAAAACAGGAGGAAAUCUCUGGUUCCUGAUUCAUUGCCUUUCGUUGAUUCAGAUGAUGAACAUAUGUACAUGAUGCAAAGUGAAGAGGAUUUUACAUUUAAUCAGCCUCAACUGAAAGGCUUCACCUUGACUCAUUGCAAAUCUCCACCAGGUUUCACUGGGACACCGCCUAAAACACUGAAGGAGGAGCUAUACCCAUCCAUCAUACACAACACACCAGAGAGAAAAAAAUAUUCAGCUGCAGAAUGGGAUACAUUCACAAAGGAGUCCACUGAAAAGGCCUUGGAAGAACUCGUUGCAUCGCCCGAUUUCAGUAAAUGGCUGUCCACCAAUGCGGAUAGGAUAACUGUAACACCCAACUCAAGAACCGACAGCCGGCACCGACGGUGGCUGUUGUGGUCUUGAGCCGUCUUAUUGUUCUUCACAAAUUCAUGACAGCUUAAUUGAAAUAGGUGAGAAUGUCCUACAGGGUUCCUUUCCUGUUGUUCUGAUAGUUGCUUUUCCUUGACAGAUGGUAGAAACAGGAGGGCAAUGUAGAUUAGAGAAACUUAAAGUGUAAAAUUUUUGUGACAUGUUUUCCACGGUGUAGAUAUUCAUUCCCUGUGUCGGUGGUUUCUCAGUUCCUGUCCACUGGGGAGGGUCGGGAAAAUGUUUUAAUUUGUAUCCGACCAUCCAACGCGUUACAUCGGUCCAUGCAGCCUCUAGACGUUUUGUAUAACUGAUGUCUUAAUUUUGAAAUGGUUAAAAUGUAAUCUCUACGUUUUUAAGUUAAAACUUCGGUUCUAUGUCUUAGUACAUCUUAACUUCUUAGCCGUGUAGUUUUGGUUGAGUU